GCUCCAACUGAAGGGGAAGACAUCGCUAAGGAUGACAGGCUGCUACGGUUACUUUUAAAUAGUGUCACAAUCGCAGUAGUAGUAAUGACAUAUCUUUAAUGAACUGACCUUUCCGCUAAUGGGUAGGUCAAAGGUAACAGUUUUAUCGUGAAAUAUGAAGAUUUCUGUGCUUGAUCUGGGUACAAUAUAUGGAAAGAUAUUCAAAACGCCGGUGCUGUCAACUCCAACCAGAUCCGAAAAACCUCGCAGUGCUUCGCUUGGAAGACAGACCGUUGAGACGUUUCCCAUAACUUCAUCGGCGACCUGUUUUUCUAUGUUGCCUGAUGCGCUGUCCAGUACCAGUAGCGUGGUCGCCACGAAUCCAGUUGGGGUCAAAAGAAGCGUUUGCUCGCCGAUGUCUGCCGCGGGUGCUGUCCGAGAAUUGAACUCUAGCAUGUGGCAGGUAACAGUGCAAGGCCAGUUAACUCAAAGCUCAAGUUCUUUUGCUUCAAAACAUCAGGGAGCCUCCAUCAGAGGAAACACCACUAAUUUAGGCAGACCGACGCCUAACGCAGUUCAGACUUUUCAGUGGAAUUCGCCGAGCAAACUACACCCGUUGAUACGGGACACCUGUAGCCUAAAUCAAGAGGAGCUCCAUCAGAAGAGAAAGCUGAACAAACAGAACCCCGCGCGCGUUUAUUCCGAGAGGAGCGCCUGCCCGGUCCCCGCCCAUUUCGCCGCCAGCGUUCUUGGAGCCAUCGAAAGCUUCCGGAGCGUCUCUCCGAGCUCUCCGGGCUCCCUGGUGUCAGGUGACCGGGCCACGCCCGAGGGCCGCCCCGCCUCCUGGUCGGGGAUCCGCAGCUGCACCACGGGCCCGUCCACCGAGCAGAGCUCCCUCUGCUCCUGGAGAGACGAUGAGUUCGACAGGGUUAAUACCCAGCGCGUGUGCCAGCUGUUCUCUGAUGUGGACGAGCUCCUGUAUGAAGGCAAGCAGAGCAGCAGGACGGAGGCGCUGUUUGAGGAAUGCAAGGACUGGAACGGCCACUCGCCUCAUCUCAGGAUUCUGGGAAAUCAGCUGGAAGCGCCCAAGCAGGAGGGGGUUCAGUAUUUUCACAGUAAUCCCACCUGCCCCAGCCCAGGGAGCGCUCUGCUAGCCCCGCCCCAGGACACCUGGAGCAGCUCCAGAGAGCUGUGCAUCGAGGGGCAACGGGUGCUCCCGACCCCCUGCGCUCUCCGCAGCCGGAACGUUCUCCAGGCCCCCUCCCUCGCUUCCGUCCUGGGGGAGGAGGAGGUGUACGAGGCGGAGGGCAGGAUAGAGGAGUUCUUCGCCUACGACGCAAAGGAAGGGGAUGACGAGGGGGCGGACCCGGGUCACAGGACGGCCCCGCGGGCGGCCCGGAGCGGGGUGCCCCCAGUGUCGCCGCACGCCUGCAUUAAGGACGCCGUGGCGGGCGAGGUGUUCGACGACGUGUGGCGGGAGGUGGUGCACAUGCUGGAGGCGGAGCUUCUGCACAGACGCUGGGAGAGCGAGCUGGCAGAUGGGGCCCCUCUUGUGGGGACCUCAGAAUCAAGCAAAGCGGGGUGCGACUCGACGUCCCACAUCCUGAUUAAGACCCUCAGCGGUCCCGUCUCCAGGGGGUCGGACACCAGGAGCAUGUCCCUCUGGCCGAACCUCAUCCCCCGACAGGACAGCUGCUCUGGUCCUCAGCCUGCCUGGGUCAGCUGGAAGUGUGUGCGGUGCCCUCCAAAAGCUCCCCGUGUAUCAAGUGCCUUCAAGAGCAAUUUAAACGGUGUUAUGACAAUCCAAGCCAAACCCCUUCAACAAAGACAGCACGGAUUCAGCGAGAAGCCGCAGUGUGACGCAGAUGACAGACCAGGUGUGCUGAUGUCGAGUGGCAAGGGGCAGCCACGGCUAAUGGAACACAGCGUCCUCUCAGCCUCCAGGGGCGCGUGCACGUUCUCCCAAAAACUCCCGGCCCAGCGCAGACUCCCCAAAAUCAGCGUCGAGACCAGGCCCACCCGCGGACACGGGAUCCUACGAGGACCCAAACUGUCUACCGUGACCGAGGGCCUGGCCUCUCCUACCGUGAACGCAGCGAGCAAGCAGAGGCUUCCCUCCGUUCGCCCGGACGUCCUGGAACAAGAGCUGCAGGUGCCCGUCUUCAGACACAUGCAGCACAGGGGGAGGGUCCUGCAGAGCCGCGUGGUCAGCGCGACGCACCCCGGGUCCGUCCUGCCCCCCCUCAGGGAGCCGACCCUGCUGCUGGACUCGCUGCCGAGGCCCAGCACCACCCAUACCUUCCGGUCAGACACACCCAUAAAAAGAUCCUUCACACCCAUGGAUAUCGCCUACCAUAUGCGUACUGGAAGAGCACCUUUGCCAGGUGAGCCCUCACGCAUCGGAGUGACCGGGUUCAGCGUGGGAAUCACCUGCUCCGCUGCCCUCAGCCAAUCAGAGUGCCCCAGCACACAAAGAAGGCCGCUCAACCCUUCCUCCACUGAGGAAGAGGAGGGAGAAGCACUGUUGCCACUGGGAACUUGUCAUCAGCGUAAAGCUUUCAGCCGGUUUCCAAUGCACUACAAGAAGAAGCUGCAAGUGGCGUUGUCAUAGUACCGUCUGAGUACGAUGAACACACAGUAAAAACCACAAAAAAAAAAAAAAAAAAC